CCGCAGUGGCCGGGGCUUAGACACCCAUCGCGGUAACUUGUUCUGCCUCGCCUUGCCUUGCAAUUAGCCGCCUGGUCAGUUCCCGAAUGCCGUCCGCCGCAACAUGCGCCAGUGGUCAUUGUCGAGGCUGGUGCGAUCUGCCCAUGAUCCAUUGGCUCUCGAUACACCUUGACUGCCUUGAGUUCGCGAUCCACGCGCGAAAGGCCACAACUACAGACGACAAGAAUAGGUUCGACCCGCGGCCAUCUCGCGGCUGAAGGCCUGCAGCAUCAUGUUGUCUGCUGCCUUUACUUGACCUCGCCCGGCCUUCUAUUCAUGCAAUGAAUAGCCUGGGCUGGUAGCCUGGUACUGGGUCAAGCCGACUUUGUCUGUGGCAUCUGCCGCUGACCGUCGACCACUCACUGACCGCAACGGAAAAAAGGUGCGUCAGAGUUUGAUCUUGAGAGACGGAAGAAUCGAUAGAUAAGAGGCAAGUCUAUGUAGGUAGUUGAGCCUCGCCUCGCUUUUGCUGGUCUUUCACUUGCAGUAUCGCUUUCUGCUGUGUGGUCUGCUUCCUAUCUCUUUUCCUUUCCUUCUUUUUUUUAUUUCCUACUGCAGUGCUGGGCAUUCUGUUUACAUUCAUUCUACGGGAAACGGGUCUAUUUCGUUUCUGUUCUGCGCUGGUCGCUCUCACAGUCAUAUAUACGUUGUGGACGAGUCGUCAGACUUCCCCCGUUCGACCUAUAAUCCAGAAUCAACGCCCUCUACUAUCCGCCAUCCGAAGAGUCCUAGCACAGGCACACACACACACCACUACAAGAAUUCCAUUCCGAGUCAGCAAACUUGAAUUCGAGACAAAAGAACCAUGAAAUUCACCACCCGCCGCGUCGACUCAAGCGACGGCUUUCCCAUCUCCCAGGCUCAUCACACAACCAACCCAUCAGACCUCGACUCAGAAGACCACCACCAGCAUCAUCACCGUCAACUACCACGAGCCCCAUCCCUCCGUCGCCUCCACCACUUCCGCACAAUCAUCCUUCCAAUCCUCCUAACCCUCGUCUUCACGACUUUAAUCCUCGGUUCCAUCUACGCAUACUGCGUCGCCAAACCACACACCGACAUUGCGGACUUGCUUGCACAAAACAGCACCGCUGAGGCUGACAGUUCGUUGUUUCAACGAUCACCGGCACUGCGAGACACCUCUCCAUCCUCAGAUUCAUCCUCUGAUUCACUUCUUGCACUGCUUUUCUACACCCUCACCACCCCCACAAUCAGCAUCAUCCACCUCUUUUUCGAAAUCGUCAUACACCACAACAGUAACACUCCCACUCGGGGUCAUCCCCUUCUGUCCCGUCCCACAAUCUACUUCUCCAUCCUUUCUCUCUCCUCUCUUCUCGUGGCAGGCUGGAUCACAAAUCUAAGUUUCUGGAUCCACUGCGAACUAGCCACCUCAACGUCGAACCACAAGUCUCUGGACGGUUCUUCAAACUCAAACUUGGUACCGUCGUCUCAGGCGAUCUGUCCACCCCAGAUCCGCGGCCACUUCAUGUACGGGAUCCACGAAGUGAGCAUUGCCAAAGCCGUGGUGGGCGGGGUUGUUUUGUGUCUCUAUUUGGGAUAUAUUGCGUGCUUGGUUUCGGAAUUGAGGGCGCAGAAACGGGUGUGGAGACUUAUUGGGACGGAUCAGAAAUUGGAGCAUGGGGAAGCGGCGGAGGAGGAUGUUGAGGUGAUACGUGUGGAUGUUGGAAGGAAAUGAGAAAGAUACAUGAGUGAGAUGUGAAAUGUGUGUCGGAUGGCAAUGCAGCGUACCUAGUUGCAUUUACAGUGUUGCAUGAUAUAUGCUUUUGGUCGGGUUUAGUCAAGCUACAGUAGAUUUUAAUGCCGUCACAGCAGUCAGAUGGGUACCGGCUAUCAGCCAUAUCUGAAACAGCAAGAGAGCUAGGUGUUUAUUACUCGGGGGGAUAUUGCCAAUAUCAGUACCAUGAUCUAUGG